CAUAAUAAUUGCUAUAAAUAUAAGUGUUCCAUAGGAAUUGAUGAAGCACUUUCUGCCAAGUUUUCCUUCCACUACCUUAUUUUAUUAAGUCACUUUUUGCUAUUUCCUCAAACAAAACAGGAACUGCUUUAGAUACUUCAACUCUUUAGUGGGAUUUAAGUUCUAUCCAUCCAAGCGAAAUGAACAUGGGAGAUCGUGAAGCAAUAGAGAAGAAGGAGAUCGACGAGAGAGACGACUUGGAAGAAAACAUAGACGAGCACCAAGUCAUUGAGGAGGAUCAACCAUGGAAUAAGUACUUGACAGUGAGAGGAGUCCUGUCAAGCAUUGUGAUUGGAAGUGUCUACAGCGUCAUAGCCAUGAAGCUGAACCUCACAACCGGGGUUGUUCCUAAUUUCAACGUCUCCGCCGCUCUCCUCGCCUAUGUGUUCAUCAGGACAUGGAAUAAAGCGGUUCAAAAGUUUGGAUACACGGCGAAGCCCUUCACUCGGCAAGAGAAUACCAUGAUACAAACUUGUUCUGUGGCCUGCUGUAGCCUAGCUGUUGGAGGAGGUUUUGCAUCAUAUUUAUUGGGACUAAACAAGAAGACAUAUGAGUUAUCAGGAAAGCACGCUGAGGGAAACACUUUGAGUAGUACCAAGGAACCUGGUUUUGGUUGGAUGAGUGGUUAUCUUUUCUUGGUUUGCUUUGUCGGCCUUUUUGUCUUAAUUCCUCUAAGAAAGAUCAUGAUAGUGGACCUGAAGUUGACUUACCCAAGUGGCUUGGCAACUGCAGUUCUCAUUAACGGUUUCCACACUCGUGGAGAUAAUAAAAUGGCUAAGAAGCAAGUACGAGGUUUCUUGAAUUAUUUCUCCUUCAGUUUCUUGUGGGGAUUUUUCAAGUGGUUUUACAGUAAAAAAGAAGAAGAGUGCGGGUUUGCGCAGUUCCCUACAUUUGGAUUGCAGGCUUGGAAAAACAGUUUCUACUUCGAUUUCAACACAACUUACGUGGGAGCAGGGAUGAUUUGUUCCCACCAAGUCAACUUGUCCCUGCUUCUAGGAGCUGUGCUCUCUUAUGGAGUAUUGUGGCCUCUUAUUUCUCAACUUAAAGGACAAUGGUUCCCUGAAAGUCUAGAGGAAAGUGACAUGAAAAGCCUCUACGGUUACAAGGCUUUUCUAUCUGUUGCUCUAAUCCUUGGAGAUGGGCUCUACAAUUUUGUCAAAAUAUUAGCUGUGACGAUCAUCAACAUCCUUGACAGAUUAAAGAACAGAAAUAACACGGCCAUUGAAAGGGAGGGGAAACCCAUUGAAGAGAAGCAAAACGAGAUCUUCCUCAGAGAAACCAUCCCCAUGUGGGUUGGAGUUGUAGGAUACAUAAUCCUGUCCGUCGUCUCCAUAAUUGUGAUCCCCAUCCUGUUCCCACAACUCAAAUGGUACUAUGUAGUUGUGGCCUACAUGCUAGCCCCGUCUCUUGCCUUCUGCAACGCCUACGGAGCCGGUCUAACCGACAUAAACAUGGCCUACAACUAUGGCAAAGUAGCCCUCUUCAUCCUCGCGGCUCUCAGUGGGAAACAAAACGGAGUCAUGGCGGGGCUUGCCGGUUGCGGUGUGAUCAAGUCUGUCGUCUCUGUGGCCUGUACUCUCAUGCAGGACUUCAAAACUGCCCAUCUAACUUUCACGUCCCCAAGAGCAAUGUUUGUGAGCCAAGCCAUUGGCACAGCUCUGGGCUGUAUCACAGCUCCUCUAAGCUUUUUCUUGUUCUACAAGGCAUUUGACGUGGGAAACCCAUACGGGGAAUUCAAAGCCCCUUACGCCUUAAUCUACAGAAACAUGGCUAUUCUUGGAGUUCAGGGAUUUUCAGCUCUACCACGCCAUUGUCUCCAGCUCUGUUUGGGGUUCUUUGCCUUUGCUGUUGUGGUCAACAUUGUGAGGGAUUUUUCACCGAAAAAGAUUGGGAAAUGGAUGCCGCUUCCGAUGGUUAUGGGUGUGCCUUUCUUGGUUGGCGCUUACUUCGCCAUUGAUAUGUGUGUUGGGACUUUGAUUGUGUUUCUAUGGCACAAGCUUAACACCAAGAACGCCGAGAUGAUGGUUCCGGCUGUGGCUUCAGGGCUGAUUUGUGGGGAAGGGAUGUGGACUCUUCCUGCUUCGGUUCUUGCCUUGACCAAAGUAAAACCCCCAAUCUGUAUGAAAUUUGUAGGAUCCUAGGAAAACAAAGUAUUGGUUCACGGGCUAUAUAACGCUAGAGGUCAGAUAGCAAGUUUCAUAAGUUAUAAAUUAGCCCUUUUUCAGGUUCAAUAGGAAUCACAUCUUUGAGAUAUGCAAAUGUUUUUGUGAAUGAGGAAAAGUGCAGACUGAUGCGAAGCUGUUGUACCUUUUUUAUAUCAAUGACAAUAAGAUUUAUGUAUCGUGACUCUC